AUGCCUCUCCAAUCAGUGCUAAAGAUUUUGGGUAAGAUGACUUCAAACAAAGUUCUCGAACCAGGAAGUUCUGACACCCAAGCUCUAUGUGACAGAUUCCAGAGUCAGACCGCACUAACGAAGGCAAAGAUCCACCCUUUCCACAUAUUCUUGUCUUCUGAAAACUACAAAAGAGACCAAGGCCAUCAGGGUAAAACCAAAUGGGAACCUGACAGCAGCAUCCUCAAAGCUAUGGACUCUGCCUUUUACAAGAGUUUUAUGAAUGUGGAGCCUGUGGCUAAACGCUUCGUUGUGGCCGUAGACGUGAGCACAUCCCUGAGCAGCGUCGUCCCGGGGACGUCCAUCAGCACCGCUGUCGCCGCAGCAGCUAUUGCCAUGGUAACACUAUACAAGAAGAUACAGCGGCGCUGUGAAAGUCCACGGCCCACCUAUGUCAGAGCCAGUGGCCCGCUAAAGGCAGCGGCCCACCCGGAAAAAUCCAGAGUCCCGAAUCCCGAAGCGAGAUUCCAAUGUGUGCUAUAG